UUAACUAUUUUUGUUUUUUUUUUAAGCCAUGGAAGAGGAAAUUAUUUCGCAGUUUAGCUUUUCUAUGUUAGAGAGUAAAAUUGAUAGUUGUAUCUUGGAAUCAUUGAAAUCGAUGGGAUUUCUAAAACCAACAAAAAUUCAAGCUAAAACGUUGCCUCACAUACUCCUUGGAGACGAUAUUAUAGGUGCUGCGAAGACGGGCAGUGGGAAAACUUUGGCGUUUUUAAUACCAAUUGUUGAAAAAUUAAUCAACAUGGGAUUUAGUAAGAAACAUGGUGUAGGUUGUUUAAUCAUUUCCCCAACCAGAGAAUUGGCUCUACAAACCUACAUAGUACUGAAGAAACUGUUGGCUGAUAUCAGUUUAACACACAGCUUGAUUGUUGGUGGUGAGAAAAAAUUAAAAGAAAUUGCAUCAUUGCAAAAAGGUGUUAAUAUUAUAGUUGGGACACCCGGCCGAAUACUGGACCAUUUAGAGAAUACUUCUGGCUUUAGCUGUGAUAAUCUGAAAUGCCUUGUCUUGGACGAAGCUGAUAAAUUGCUUGAAGCAGGAUUUGAGAAACACGUAGCUGGAAUUAUAAGAAAACUGCCAAAAAACCGACAAACUGUACUAUUCAGUGCAACAAUAGAUGAAAAAGUUGAAAAUCUAGCAAGACUUGCCCUAAAAGAUAAUCCCAAAUUGAUUUCUGUGAAGGAUGAAAAACAGUCAACAGCCUCGGGUCUAGAACAGGGAUAUGCCAUUUGUUCAGUGGAAAAGAGAUUAUGUUGGCUGUAUAAAAUGCUUAGGAAGUGUAAAAAGUUGAAAGUUAUGGUCUUCUUUUCCUCAUGCAAAUCUGUUGAUUUCCAUUAUGAAUUCUUCAAAGUACAUUGUAAGGCUCCAGUCAUUAGCAUACAUGGUAAACAAAGUCAGUCGAGAAGAAAAGAUGCAUUCCAAACGUUUGUCGAAGCAGAAAAAGGGGCACUGUUUUGUACGGAUGUGGCAGCCAGGGGUUUAGAUAUUCCAUCAGUGAACUGGAUCGUGCAGUUUGACCCCCCUACAGAUAUGAAGGAAUAUAUUCACAGAGUGGGUCGCACGGCGAGAGGGCUAAACAACACUGGCAAUGCCGUUAUUCUGUUGCGAGCGGAGGAAGAGAAAUUCGUUGACUAUUUGAAGAGAGAGAAAGUCUAUUUAGACAAAUACAAUUUUGGUGAACCUUCUGAUGAUGUGCAGAAAAUGCUAGAAGACCUCAUUCAAAGGGACGGCACUAUGAAGAUCCUCGCGCGCAAAGCAUACCUUUCAUUUCUGCGAUGUUACAAUAAACAUUCACACAAUGAAGUGUUCAAUAUAAAAAACUUGGACUUGAAGCUUGCAGCGAAAGCGUUCGGCUUCUUGGAACAACCGCACGUCGAUUUCUUGAAUACUAGAAAACGCAAGAAAAUCAAAAGCAAUGGGACAUCUGAAAGAUAGCACAACGUUCUGUCACAUUAUGAAAAUAUUUCAUUAUUUUAAUAAAACAACAGAAUUGUUUAA